AUGAACGGAAGAAGUGGGGCUGCAACAUCUGGACAGAAUGGUGGCCUUGUAAUGCCAUGGAAAAACGUUUGGGCCCUCAAUUUGCCUCCAAAGAUCAAACACUUUGUGUGGAGAACUCUCAGAUUUAGCUUGCCUACGAAGGGAGCAAUUCAACACCGCACUAAACUUGGGGAUGGUAGGUGCCCCAGGUGUGGGGAUUAUGAAUCUCUAGAUCAUGUAUUCAAAGACUGUUCUUGGGCAAGGAGUAUUUGGAAUCAACUUUGUUUUUCCGGAAAUGAUAUUCCGUGGGAUAUUAUCAUUGCCCAGGCUUCCAGAAUUCGACUGGACUUUCAGGAAGUGAACCAAGAGAAGAAGGAAACUCGGGGUGAUGUCGCUGCUUACUGGAUUAAUCCCGAUAAUGGUUGGAUUAAAAUAAAUUCUGACGCAGGAUUUUCGAAGGUGAAUUCUUGGCGCUUGGGUUUUGUUGGCAGGGAUAACGAUGGCGAGGUCUUGAUUGCAGGUAAUAAAACUAUGAAUAAAGGGCUGUCGAUUAUUGAAGCAGAAGGUGAAGCCUUGCUUUGGGCUUUGAAAACAGCGAAGGAGUGCGGGUUGGACUCCGUUAUUGCUGAAAGUGAUAAUUUGCAGCUUAUUAAUAGUUUGGCAAACGCUGAGCUAUAUAUAACUGAGGUUGGGGAUAUGCUGAAUACCAUUUUAUCUGAGGCGAAAGGGUUCAAAAAUAUUCGGUGGAGCUUCUCACCAAGACAAGGUAAUCAGUUGGCUCACUGUUUAGUGGCUUUGGCAAACCCUAUGGAGGAGAAUGUUUGGUUGGAAGAGAUUUCCAGGGAAGUGAUGAAUGUGUGGAGAAAAGAUAAGGACCUUUUAGGUGUUGGUUAG